UCUCUCUCUCUCUCUCUCUCUCUCUCUCUCUCUCUCUCUCUCAUCUGAUGGAAAGAAGCGGUAGCGUAGGGCGCCCCCCAGUCUUAGGAAAGAUGGUCAGAGUUCUCAGUAUCGAUGGGGGCGGAAUAAGAGGCCUCAUUCCGGCAACCAUUCUUGCUUUCCUUGAAUCUGAACUUCAGAAGCUGGAUGGUGAAGAUGCAAGAAUCGCCGACUAUUUUGAUGUGAUUGCAGGAACAAGCACAGGUGGUCUUGUGACUGCUAUGCUCGCAGCCCCAAACGAGAAUAACCGCCCACUAUUCGCCGCCAAAGAUAUAAUUGACUUCUACUUUCAUCACUGCCCUAAAAUCUUCCCCCAGAACACUUGCCCAAUUUUUCGUUAUACGAUAAAGAUUAUUAAAGCUCUAGCAGGACCAAAAUACAAUGGAAAAUAUCUGCAUAGCUUGAUCAGAGAAAAAAUGGGCAACAAAAAACUACAUGAAACAUUGACUAAUGUUGUCAUUCCCACGUUUGACAUCAAGAAUCUCCAGCCAACUGUCUUCUCCAACCAUAGGGUGAAAAGGAAGCCAUCCUACAAUGCCUUACUCUCUGACAUAUGGAUUGCAACCUCAGCAGCACCAACUUAUCUUCCAGCUCAUUAUUUUAAAACCAAGGACGCUGCAGGCAGAGAUAAAGAAUUCAACCUUAUAGAUGGCGGCGUGGCUGCAAAUAAUCCAACUUUACUUGCUGUUUGUGAAAUGACGAACGAAAUAAAGAAGGAGAAUCCAGUCCUCUUUCCCGUGAAACCUGUGGACUAUGGGAGAUUUCUAGUGAUAUCAUUAGGAACUGGCUCAUCAAAAGCUGAACUGAAAUACCAUGCACGUUCUGCAGCAAAAUGGGGCCUGUUGAAUUGGUUAACCAGCGGUGGCUCCACCCCAAUCAUUGAUGUUUUCAGUCAAGCAAGCGCUGACAUGGUUGAUCUUCACCUUUCUGGAGUUUUCCAAGCCCUUCAUUCUGAAAAAAACUAUCUUAGAAUUCAGGAUGAUACCCUUCAUGGGACCAUAUCUUCUGUGGAUAUAGCCACGAAGAAGAAUUUGGCCAAUCUUGUGAAAGUUGGUGAAGGGCUAUUGAAACAACAAGUUUCUCGGGUUAAUUUGGACAGCGGUAAAUUUGAGGCUUCUAAUCAUGAGACAAAUGCAGAGGCUCUUAUAAGGUUUGCUAAACUACUCUCGAAAGAGAAGAGGAGUCGCCAAGCAGGGUCAACCAACGGGAAUGCUGAAAGUACUUACUGAUUGAUUGUUACCCUAAGACGAUAACAAGUCGUAAUUCUUUAAAUUAUACUGUUUGGAAAUGUAAAUUAUAAUAAAUUAUUGAUAGUUCGAGGGCAUGGGGGCAAAUGGCCACCAUAUAUACUUCAGUCUUUCAAUAUUUGUUUGUGUUCGAAUAAAUCCUGUUGGGAUAUCACUGUAAUAGAUCUCUCUGUAUUCGAUAUAUUCAUUCUUUUUGUUAAUUUGUUGCUUGUUGGUUCCUCAAUAAAAUUAAGCUUUCAUUUUAAAAA